UUAGCGGAACAGUGUUACGUCACAUCCGGUUCCUUUAGCACUUUUCAGGCCCAGUUUAGCAACAAAACACUCGUGCGUUUGACUCGUUUUUCUUUUAAAUCAUCUGUUCUAAACUUUAAAUCAGUAAUGCGACAUAUGAAUGUAAUAAAUAUAAAAUCAUAAACGUGGGACCGCUGCCUCUGGAGCUGCACAGACCGGGCGCUUAGGGAUCGUCUUGAAAGGUGGUACCAGUGACUUAAAGGAUGUCCACAGUGGAGAGCCAUGCUCAGCGGGUCCUGUCUGUCCUGAACCAGCAGAGGGCGCUAGGGAAGCUGUGCGACGCGGCUCUGAGUGCUCGAGAGGGGCUCAUCCGUCUGGCGCACCGGAACAUUCUCGCCUGCUUCAGUGACAUGUUUCAGGACAUUGCACAGAACUCUGUGGUAGUCACUCUGACAGACUGUCCAGAUGAGGGACUGGAGCUACUUCUGGACUUUAUUUACACAGGAGAGCUCCCGUUGGACAAUAACAACUGCCAUAUGGUGCAACUCGCAGCCACCAGCCUCUGUGUCCAGGACGUUAUCACAAUGUGUCAACAAUUCAACAAGCCCACUGAGGACACUGUGAAACGCAAACGAGGCAGGCCCAAAAAGAACAUAACAGCAGCUAAUAAUGAGGUAAAUGUGCCCGUUACUAAACCAGAUGAGGAGGAUCUUGGUAAUACAGAGGAGAGUAAAGUUACCACAACAACAACUCGCUCUGGUCGGGUGGUGAAUUGCCCCAAAAGACUUAAGGCCGAUGCACCCGCUAACGAGCAAAACCAAGACGCCCUGUUUUUAAUUGAGGAGGUGGUGCUGCCAAAUCUUGAACAAGCAGUUGGUGAAUGUGAGCCCUCUAGUGGUCAGUCUGAUCCAGAUUACAUGGCUCCUCUUGAGGAAGAAAACGGAGACGACCCGGAUUUUGUAGGAUUUGUGGAAAACUCUCUUGAUUCUUGGGACCACAAUGAACUUGAGACUCCUGCUGCAACGCCAGAGAAAAAGAGGAGGAAAUCGCAAACUAAAGCUGCCACAAUCAAGGAUGGAGAGAAAGAUGGAGAGAAUGGACAAGGAGGAGAGGAAGGAGACAAAGGAGAGGGAGCACGAGUUCAAUGUCCUGUUUGUAACAAGAGCUUCAAGAGCAAGUACUACCUUAAAGUCCACAACAGGCGGCACACAGGAGAAAAGCCUUUUGUUUGUGAAAAAUGUGGAAAGAAAUAUUUCAGAAAUGAGAAUCUUCAGGAGCACAAAGCUCGAAACUGCGCCGUCACUGCACAGGUGCACAAAUGCCCCAAGUGUUCUGAAACGUUUUCUCGAAAAUCCCAGCUGUCUUCGCACAUGGUGACUCACACUGGAGAGAUGCCGUAUGAAUGUUCCAUCUGCUCUGAAAGGUUCGUGCUGAAGAAACAUUUGAACCACCACAUGAUGAGACUUCAUGGUUUUCCAAAGCCACAUGCAUGCCCUGAGUGCGAUAAGUCCUUUAUGUCGAAGAGCGAGCUGCGGAUCCAUGACUCGUCCAAACACAAAGGAGAGAAGCCGUUUGUGUGUGAGGAGUGUGGACACCGAGCCACAAGCAGGAACGGGCUCAGGAUGCACAUCAAGGCUAUUCACAGACAUGACAAGCCGUUUGUGUGCUCUGAAUGUGGCCGUGCGUUUACACAGAAGAACAAUCUGAACAUACACAUGCUGGUGCACUCCGGAGAGAGGCCGUUCCAGUGUCACGUGUGCGGAAAAACAUUCAGGACUCAAGGGACUCUGGACAAACAUUCCCGCAUACACACAGGAGAGCGUCCCUACAGCUGUGAGGUCUGUGAGCAGCGCUUCACAGAGAAAGGGGCCAUGCUCCGACACAUGGAGAGUAAACACCAGGAGGGACGCCCACACCCCUGCAACAUCUGCGGCAGGACGUUUAAAGCUCGUGAACAGCUGCGAGUUCAUUUGAAUCGGCACAAGGGUGUGAGGAAGUUUGAGUGCACAGACUGUGGCUACAAGUUCACUCGGCAGGCCCACCUGCGGCGUCACUCUCUGGUCCACAAGCGAACCGAGAACUACAACCCAAAGGAGAGGAAAUUCCGAAACAUCAUAGUGGACGACGUGGACAAUACUUACGACGCAAACACCUCUGCGCAAAUUAUACAAGACCUGCUCAAAAAGAAAUCUAAGGCUACGAAAAAGUCACUGAAACUACCCAAGACUAAAACUAAAACGGUGAAGAAAAAAACGCCCAAAGACGGUAUAGAGGACUUAAGCGAGCGUUGGUUUAGCGACACAGGUUUGGAUUCGGAUUAUGAUGAAGGAGGGAAAGGCCCGAAGAGAAAACCCAAAAGGAGAAAGAAGAAGGAAAAAACAGAAAAGAUGGAUGCUUUGGAGAGCACUGUGGACUUGACAGAAAUAACAGAGGAAAUAAAAGAAAGUAAGGAGUUGGGGACUGCGUGAUCAGCCAGUCCAUAACGAUCCAACCACAGAGGAUAAUUAAUAUUCUCGUAUCUUUCAGAACAAAAUACAUAACUUCUUUUACCAGAGAUUAAUAACAGCUUAAUGUUUUGCUUGUUGAUUCUGAUUCAUUUUGAGCUGUGGAGAUGUAAACAGACUAAUAAACCAGGAUUACGCAAACAUAUCUGAAUGAAACAAAACAUAACACCACGUAUGUUGAUGAAGAAGCAGCAUUAUAACAUGGCCACGUUCAUAACAAUCAGUUUUGUGUAAUUUUGGACCUUUUAAGCGGCCAUGUUUGUUUUGAAAUGAACAGACCAAUGUGUUUCUCUGAUUGGUUCGUCCACCUGUCAAUCACACUGUCUGAAAUCAGCGAGACAGAAAGUGGUUCUAGACCCACACAUCUUUGUAAAGUUUUGUCAAAGUGUGCAGUUUAGAUUGGCCAGGAAAGAUGGCUAUAUUGACCUUAGUCCACCUCGCCCCCUUUUGCUACGAAACGCAAACCGAGCAAAAAAAACACACUUUCUUUGUGUUGGCACUUCUGGUUAAGUGGGAAUCCCAUUCAUUUCAAUGGAGAAGUUGCGAAAAGUUUUGGAGCUAAAAUCUGAUAUAAAGUAAGUUGAUUUGUGUAAAAUGUUCAUUCUUCAUGUGCACCAACACGGUACUGAUUCUCUGGGAGGCUUUAAAACGGCUUUGUAGUUAUUUGCUGUCAAAAUCGGCAGGUCCGUGCUAAAUAAUACAACCUGAAUGACAAUGGCGGCGCCCACGGCAACUUCCAGAAGGUGAAGGUGAGAGUCACUAAUCCACAAAUGUUGAACCUUAAUUAUUUGUUUGGGAUUGGCUUCACAAAUGUGCCAUAUUGUUGUAUUUUUUAAACAACAAUUGUCUCAUAAGAUUAUUUAGAUACCACGGUCCUCAUAUAAUGUUGUUCCUUGGUUCAGAGUUUUACUAAAAUGAAGAAGUAUCACAAGAGUUCUCUCUCCAUUUAAUUUUUCUUUAUUCUAAUUUGGUAUUUUUUAAUACUGUUAAAUUAUGUUUGGUUUAUUUAUGUAGUUUUAUGUCAUUCCAUGUAAAUAAUGAUUAAAACAAAGUAUAAGAUCUUG